CAAUUAAAUUGGUGAUGAAGGUGCAUCAGUCUUAGGUUCUGCUUUAGCAAAUUGCAUUAAUCUCUCAAAUUUGGAACUUGACUUUAGUUAAAAUAAAAUUGGUACAAUAGGCGCAUCAGGCAUAGGUUCUGUUUUAGCAAAUUGCAUUAAUCUCUCAAAUUUCACACUUUGCCUUUACAACAAUUAAAUUGGUUCAAUAGGUGCAUCACGCUUAGGUUAUGAUUUUACAAAUUGCAAUAAUCUCUCAAAUUUGACACUUAGACUUUAUAACAAUUAAAUUGGUGAUGAAGAUGCAUCAGGCUUAGGUUCUGGUUUAGCAAAUUGCACUAAUCUCUCAAAUUUAACACUUAGCCUUAAUAACAAUUAAAUUGGUUCAAUAGGUGCAUCAGGCUUAGGUUUUGGUUUAGCAAAUUGCAUUAAUCUCUCAAAUUUGGAACUUGAUCUUUAUAACAAUUAAAUUGGUGAUUAAGGUGCAUCAGGCUUAGGUUAUGGUUUAGCAAAUUGCAUUAAUCUCAAAAAUUUGACACUUAGCCUUAAUUAAAAUAAAAUUGGAGCAAUAGGUGCAUCAGGUUUAGGUUCUGGUUUAGCAAAUUGCAUUAAUCUCUCAAAUUUGACACUCUAUCUUUUUACCAAUUAAAUUGGUGGAAUGGAUGUAUCAGGCUUAGGUUUUGCUUUAGCAAAUUGUGUUAAUCUCUCAAAUUUGACUCUUGACCUUAGGGGCAACUCAUAUGAUGAUUCUGAUGCUUAAAAACUUAGUAUUGCAUUAGCAAAAUGUGUUAAUCUCUUAUAUUUGGAACUCACCCUUGCGUGUAAUUAAAUUGGUGCUUAGGGUGCCAUAGACUUAGGACAUGCUAUAGAAAAUUGCUCUAAUAUCUCAACUUUGAUACUUAGUUUUUACUGCAAUUAAAUCGGUGCUUAGGGUUCAGCAGGGCUAGGCUCUGCUCUAACAAAAUGUUAAAACAUUUCUACUUUAAUAAUCAACUUCUAGUUGAAUAAAAUUGGUUCAUAGGGUGUGUUAGGCUUAGGUUUUGGCAUAAAGUAACUAAAUAAGCUCACAAAUUUAAAGCUCUAUUUAUAUGGUAAUUAAAUUGAUGAUGAUGGUGUUUCAGGUCUAACUUCUGCAAUAGCAAAUUGUACUAAUAUCUAAACUUUGACCCUUGGACUUAGGAAAAAUAAAGUUAGUGAUGAGGGUGCUUAAGAAAUAGGUUCUGCUUUAACUAAGUCUAAUAAUCUCUACAGUUUUACUCUUAAUCUUUAAUCUAACUUUAUUAGUGAUGCAGGAGCAUCUGAUUUAGGUUUUAAUUUAUCAUAGUGCACUAAACUGUCCACUUUAAUUAUCUACCUUUAAGAAAAUGAGAUACUUCAGUCAAGUUUAAGAAGAAAAAUUCUUAAAUUUAAGAGAUUAACUUAAAAAGUUGUUAAACUUUAAUGA